AUGGCAACCACAUCGCAUGAGCUGGCUUUCGUGCCCUCUCUGGCUCCCUCCUCUCUCGAUACAAGCAGCACCGUCAGCGCGGCCAUUGCACCCACCGAGGAACCGAAUGAUUACGCCUCCCCAACCUCUGCCACUUCUAGCGCUCCCUCAACCACUCCCGCUACUGAGGCCUCCUCCACCUCCACCUCUGCCACCACCCCCGCCUCACCCGUCGCCGACCCGUGGGAUCGCUGGUCGUUGCCGCGUCAGCAGCAAAAGCCCGCUGUUGUCAAACCCAUAGCAGGCCCCGAGACGACCUCACUUCCCGACUCCAUCGAGGCCCGUCUCGCCACUGUUCCCGAGCCUGCCAGGUCCGAGCCCCUUUCUCUCGACGGUGUCAUGGUCCCCGGCGGCACCGACACCGGCAUCGAUCCGGAGGAGACCCAGGCUGUCGAGAAGCAGACCCAGACCAAUCCCGAAGAGAAGAUCCUGGGACUCCAGCGCCAGCACCAGCACCAGGCACCACCCCCACCGCUGCCCCUCAGGGACCCGAUAGGCCCUUCGUCGUCCAGGAGGCUCAACGAUGCCCUCAACAACCUAGUGCUGUCACAAUCCGGGACGACGCCGGUGACGGCUCUGCCAGUCCUGAAGUCACCCUGCUUCUACCACCAACGCUUUGACGAGUCAGUCAACAUUGACAAGAUACUCGAGGAGAUCAAGAACGACGACAGCAUGUCGCACGGGCGCCUAGUACAGACGGCCACGGGCGUGCGCGAGGUGUCGAAGCAGCUCCAGCGGCGGCCCAUCAAGCGCGCAGUGCGCAGCGUCAUGAUCGUCACCAAGGCGCGCGACAACGAGCUCGUGAACCACACGCGCGAACUAGCGACGUGGUUGAUGAGCACGCCGCGGUACAAUUCAGACCUCGGUGUCACCGUGUAUGUGGACCUGCAGCUGCGCAACUCGAAGCGGUUCAAUGCGGCGGGGAUCCUGGAAAAGAACCCGCGGUUCAAGAACAUGCUCAAGUACUGGACGCCGGAUCUGUGCAUGAACUACCCGGACGAGUUUGACCUGGUGCUGACGCUGGGAGGCGACGGCACGGUCCUCUUCACGUCGUGGCUGUUUCAGCGCGUGGUGCCGCCGACGCUGUCCUUCAGCCUGGGCAGCCUGGGGUUCCUGACGACGUUCGAGUACGAGCGGUACGUAGACCACCUGGACCGCAUCAUGGGCAACAGUGGCAUGAAGGUCAACCUGCGGAUGCGCUUCACGUGCACGCUCUGGCGGGCGGGGCCGGACGGGCAGACGCGCCAGGGCGAGCAGUACGAGGUUCUCAACGAGCUCGUCAUCGACCGCGGGCCCUCGCCCUACGUCUCCAACAUGGAGCUCUACGGCGACGACGAACUGCUCACUGUCGUUCAGGCCGACGGAUGCAUCUUCUCGACGCCGACGGGGUCGACGGCCUACUCCCUCUCGGCCGGCGGCUCCCUCGUCCACCCGGACAUUCCGGCCAUCCUGCUCACGCCCAUCUGCCCGCACACGUUGUCCUUCAGGCCCAUGGUCCUCUCGGAUACGAUGGAGCUACGCGUUGCCAUCCCACGCAACUCGCGUGCCACCGCCUAUUGCGCCUUUGAUGGCAAGGGCCGCAUCGAGCUUCGCCAGGGCGACUACAUCACCAUCUCGGCCUCGCAGUACCCCUUCCCCACUGUCACCCGCACCGACACAGAAUGGUUCGACAGCGUCAGCCGCACCCUUAGGUGGAACGUCCGUGCUGCCGCCCAGAAGCCCUUUGAUAGCGGGGCCGGCUCCGAGGCCGGGUGUGAUGCCGAGAGCGACGGUUGGGAUAUCGACACGGAUAGUGGCUUCUAUGCUAGUGAGGAUGGGAGCGUGGCUGCCAGUCCCAGACGUCUAGAGAUGUAG